CUGACGCAAUGACGUCCCCCACCGUACAAUCAAUUCGCGUAUGAAAACAAUAAACAAUCCUGAGAAACGGGAGAUAUGCAUGAGGACCUGUCGCCAAGUUUAGACAUAAAUACCGUUAAAAGAGGAACUGAAACAACAAGUAUAACGUCUUGUAAAACGACGUUGGACUAAUCGGUCCGGACACAAAGGAUUUCCGAGAGACGGGUUACCCCCUUCCUUAGACCCCUACUAGGCUCUAGCUAGCUAGCUAACCAGUCCUGUAGCUCGCUCUUCGUUAGUACACUUUGUUUUGUUUGUUAUGCAGUUGCCGGAGGACUAUUUUCGCAUUCGUUUUCCUCCAUCGCCUCAUCGCUCCCUCACCCUGAACUCGCUGGCCCUAUGUCUCGCUGGCUUUUCCCCUGGUCAGGCUCAAUCAAGAAGCGGGCCUGUCGGUACCUCUUACAGCAUUACCUCGGUCACUUCUUUCAAGAACGACUGAGUUUGGAACAGCUGAGUUUGGACCUGUACAAUGGUAGUGGUGUCAUCAAAGAAAUCAACAUCGAUGUUUGGGCAGUCAACGAGCUCUUGGAGUCUCUUGGGGCUCCACUUGAGAUUGUGGAUGGGUUUGUGAGCAGCAUAGAGGUCACAAUUCCCUGGUCAGCUCUUGUCACUGACCACUGCACCCUCGUCAUCUCAGGCCUUCAGAUAACAUGCAGACCCAAGUACAGGACCCGUGGGGGUUUGGACUCCCAGGGCUGGUCCACAUGCAUGACCUCCAGCAUGCAGCUGGCCCAGGAGUGCCUAAAGGACCCCCCUGAGGUGUCCGAGGAGCCGCCCGCUCCACUGGAGGGCUUGGAGAUGUUUGCACAAACUAUUGAGACUGUCCUGCGUCGGAUAAAAGUCACCCUCCUGGACACCAUCAUCCGAAUCGAGCACCAGCCCCUGGACAUGGAGACGGGCAUUGCCUUAGAGGUGCACAUCAAACGGCUGGAGUACUGUGACGAGGCGGUAAAGGACCCCAGCCAGACGGUGCCUGUGGACAUCCACCAGCCCCCUGCCUUCCUGCACAAGAUCCUCCAGCUCAGCUCUGUUCAACUGCUGUACGAGACCACCGGAGGGCCCCAGGGUCCUUUAAGAGCUGACACCCCUGGCUCAGCCUCAGCCAGCGAAGAGGAAGUUGAGGGGGAGGACAAUGACCCUCCAGCCACCUCCCUCCCUCUGGCCACCCAGCGGCCCCUCCUCAUCGGCAGCUGCUCUGGCUUCAUGGAGACCACGGUCAAGAUCAAACAGAACGACAUGCUGCCUGGACCUAAGUUGGAGCUGGAUGGGAAGGUGGGCUGCCUCCACCUGCUGCUCUCUCCAGACCAGAUCACUCACCUGACCGACCUUCUGUCUGCCCUCUGCAUCGACACAGAGCCUGAAGCCAGUGGUGCUGGGGUUCACAGCCGUCCCCUGGACUCUGAGGACCUGCGUCUGAUAGAGGAGGACUUGAGCAAACAGUUGAGCUCCAGCCCCGGAGAUGGAGAUCCGGACUGGGAUGAAGAGCCCGAGAUGGAGCCCUACCUCACCGGUCUGGAGAACGGGGAUAUGUUCUUCUCCAUGGGUCCUGGUAUGACUAGCAGUGUGACGUCAGCGCUCUCUGGCAGCUCUCUCUCCGACAGCAUGGCGUCGUCUACACACAGCCAGGCUAGCUAUGCCCAGGGCCUUCCACAGGGUCCCAGGCGUUAUCCUGUACCAGGAUCACUAUCCAGCCUGCCCCAGUGUAACCGAAUACCAGCCUCUCCUCGUCCAGGGCGACGUAGCCAAUCUGAGCCCCUGAAACCAGAGGCAUUGCUCCGCCUCUCGCUUGGCGGGCUCACCCUAACCCUACUGGAGCGGGAACCACACCCCGGGCCGGACGGAGUGUCCUCAUUGACCCAGGUGUCUCAGGUGUUCUUCCGGGAGCUGGCCUUCUUCAAAGACAGCAUGUUCAGCGAGAGAGACUUCCACCACCUCAGAGCUAGCUUCGCUAAAGCCUGCCCCCACUCACACCUCAGGAUGACUGGAGCAGCGGUACAGGUGGCGUGUGAGAUGCGCAGUGCAGGUCGCCACUCCCGUGCUAUGACCUCUGACCUAUCCUUCAGUAGGCUAGAGCUGCUUGAGUGUCUCUGGGAGCCAGGAAAGCCCCAAUACACUGAGUUGCUCCAGUUCCAGCGUGCUGGGAUGUUCACAGUGGGAGCUACAGCCAGACCGUGUGCACAGCUACACUACAGUCUCACAGAGAAACACCUGCGCAAGGGGAGGCAGCGUGUGGUGCGUAGAGACAGUGUAGUGAGGGUAGAGUUGGGAGAGCUGAGUGCUGAGUUGGACCUGGACAUACUGAGUCGACUGGAGCCUCUGAGCAGAGCCUGCAGCCACUGUCCCACACAGACAGGAGGAGGACCCGUCCACACACAGACCCAGAGCAGAGAGCUGCACUCCUCUCUCUCCCUCCUCUCGCCCCACGCCAUCCUCAAGCUCCGCUUCCCCAUCCCGGACCUCCGGCCGCUCCCCUUCCGACGCCCUCCUUCUCAGAGAGCUGUGCGGCAGGAGACCCUGGUACUGGAGCUGUGUGACCUGGACAUCUGCUCCCAGGAGGGCCUUGAUCUCCAGCCAGAUCACCAUGCACCCCCUGGCCCCUCCCACAGCUCCCUCACACAGCUAUUGGAGGCCAGCUUCAGUGACAUGCACGGAACGUAUGAGGGCUGGGAGGGAGGCUCCUUCCCCUGUAUCAGAGUCAAGAAGAGUCAAGACUCCAUGGCCAAGCUGUCAGUGCGUGUGAGUGGAGGAGAGGGUCUGGGGUCAGCGUUAGGGGGGGUAGGGGUGGGUCUGAUGAGAGACCUGGGGUCCAUGUCGUUUGAGAACCCCUGUGAACUCCGAGAGAAGACCAGCUCUCCCUUCUCCUCCAACCGCACCAUGUUCGAGACUGAGGAGAUGGUAAUCCCAGCAGACCCAGAGGGGAUGCAACAGUUCCAGUCUCAGUGUGUGUCUCAGUGUCAGUGUGUAGUAGAUGUCUUUCUGCCCCUGGCCUACAUCUUCCUGCCCAGCAAACAGGCCUUCCAGAGCAUCUACAACAGGAUCAAUAAUGACCUGUUAAUGUGGGAAGCCCCUCCCCCCUCGGGUUCUAAGAGCGACCACAGCCCCCUACACCAUCGCCAAGACGAUGACAACUUCCAGCUUUGCAAGUCUGCCUUCAGACUAGACUCGGACUCCGAGGAGGAAGAUGCUCAGUUCUACACAGCCAGUGAAUCAACCAGACGCAGGCAGUCAGAGCCCCGCCCUAACCACACCCUCAGCCUGCUCUCUCUCACCAUUGUCAUAGGAAAGGGUCGCCUCCAAGCAAUGACAGACAGCAAGGGAGAGACGGGAAGUCCGGAGGACCGGUGUCACGGUGAGCUCCUAUUGGACCUAGAAGGGGGGAAGAUGUUCAGUGUGGCGCAGCAUCAAAACAACCCCCAUCUCAGCUUCCUGUGCCUGGAGAGCAGGAGGGUGGAGCUCUACCACAAAGCUGUAGUGAAGGACUCCCCUGUCCCCGGGCGGUUGGAAAUGCCCAGCUUCACUCCCCCAGGGCAUCUAGACCUUACCAUUUACCCCACAGAGUUGGGGAUGAGCAGUGUGAGUGGCAGGGAGACUGAGGUCCAGAUGUUAUCCACAGCCAUCAAAAUCACCCUGGACCCUCAGAAGAACGUCAAGGAGUUUCUGGUUGCCAUUCGUCUCCAUGGCGCCACUAUGCAACAUCGCAUGGCACAGACCAAUCACAGCUGGCACGAACAGCUGGUUGAUUUUUUGGAUGUCAUUGAUGACCCGAUCCUGGGCUUUACAUCUCCUGUAGUUAUUACCGUCCUACACACACACCUGGCCACCUGCGUCGUGGACUACAGGCCCCUGUAUCUUCCAUUGAGGGUGUUGUUCACAGCAGAAUCCUUUUCUCUCUCCAGUAACAUCAUAGUAGACACUGCCACCUUUCACCUCAGGUUUAUCCUGGAUGAUUCUGCCUUGUUUCUCUCUGAUAAGUGUGAAAGUGACGUAGUGGACCUGAGACGAGACUAUGUGUGUGUUCUGGACAUUGAUCUGCUGGAGCUGGCCAUCACCACAUGGAAAGGCAGUGAUACGGGGAAACUGUCCCAACCUCUGUUUGAGCUGCGUUGCUCCAACAACUUGGUCCACCUCCACACCUGUGCUGACUCCUGUGCUGCCCUGGUCAACAUGCUGCAGUACCUGGUGUCCCAGGGAGACCUGCACCCGCCCCCCCGACACACAUCGCCUACUGAGAUCGCUGGACAGAAGCUGCCGUUGUCAGAAAGUCCCGCCUCCUUGCCACCCUGCCCUCCAGCUGAGACUGCUGAGAUCAACCAGUAUGAUCUCCUUGAUGCUUUGAUUGACACAGAGAGGAGCCAUCCAGAUGAGGAUAUGGACUCAGGAUCUCCCACUAUCCCUCGGGGCUCACCGGUCUCCGUCUACCUGUUUCCUGGGGAGGCCCCUAAGCUCCGCCCACCAGUUGUCAUUGAGGGGGAGGAGUCAAAGCUUGACAGACUGGUGGCGACAGCCACUGAGGUGAAGGUGGAAAUGAUGUCAGAGGAGGGCUCUGAUGGUUCAGAGGACAACGAGGACUUCUGUAUCCUAGAGGCUCCUGGGAUGGGUAUACCUCCCAGAGAUGGAGAGCCUCUUGUGACGGUGCUAGCUGAGGGUUCUAUCAGGGUGAGGGAGGGCCACUUCUCCCGGCCGCGGGGCAGCUCUGACCUGCUGCGGGCCCCCAGCCGCUUCCCUGUCCCCGAGAGCAGGGUGGUGCUACGAGAGGUGUCUGUCGUCUGGCAUCUGUACGGAGGGAGAGACUUCGGGGGCAAGGCCAUGUCUACACACACGCAGCAUGGAAACAGGGGUCGCUCUGCCCCCUCUGGGAUGCGUGGAUCCCCGUCCCGCUCCACUGCUCCGUCCCGGCCUCAGAACUCGUGGCGCUGGGUUGGAGGCCGUGGACGUCAACACAACUUGCUCAUGGAGAUCCAGCUCACCAAGGUGAGCUUCCAACACGAGUCCUACCCAGUGGUGGUGUCUGCGGCUGGGCCGGCUCUGGAGGGAGAGGGGCCUGGGGUCGGGGCUGUGGGGGAGCAGCCUCUGUCCCGCCAGGUGUUCAUUGUUCAGGAGCUGGAGGUACGCGACCGCCUGGCCUCGUCCCAGCUUAACAAGUUCCUCUACCUGUACACCAGCGAGAGCAUGCCCCGCAGGACACACUCCAACAUGUUAACAGUGAAGGCCCUGCAGGUGUGUCCAGACUCUGGUGUAGGUGGUCCAGAGUGUUGUUUAAGAGUGAGCCUCCUCCCCCUCCGACUCAACAUCGACCAGGAUGCCUUGUUCUUCCUGAAGGAUUUCUUCAGUAGUCUGGCUGCUGGAGUUAACCCCUACCUGCCUGUGGACCCUGCAGCUGAGAUGAAGACAGACCCUUCCCAGAAGCCCGCUGAGGAUGGGGUCAGUGGCACGGAGACCACUGCUGGUCUGGGUCCUGACCUCACCGCUUCUGUAGAAACCACCUAUAGCGAGCAGAGCUCCUCGUCCGCUGGCUCCACCUCUUCCACUGAUCAGCCAAUCUACUUCAGGGAGUUCCGUUUCACCUCUGAAGUGCCCAUCUGGCUGGACUACCAGGGCAAGCAUGUGGUCAUUGAGCAGGGGACGUUUGCUGGGAUUCUUAUUGGUCUGGCCCAGCUGAACUGCUCUGAGCUGAAGCUGAAGAGACUCUGCUGCCGACACGGACUUCUAGGCGUAGAUAAGGUGAUUCAGUACGCUGUCACUGAGUGGCUGACAGACAUCAGGAAGAACCAGCUGCCGGGCAUUCUGGGAGGUCUAGGCCCCAUGCACUCUGUAGUUCAGCUGUUCCAUGGAGUGAGGGACUUGUUCUGGAUGCCCAUAGAGCAGUACAGGCGGGACGGCCGUAUUAUCCGGGGUCUCCAGCGGGGGGCCGCGUCCUUUGGCACCUCCACUGCCUCUGCUGCUCUGGAGCUCAGCAACAGACUGGUGCAGGCUAUACAGGCCACAGCGGAGACGGUGUACGACAUCCUGUCCCCAACGCCCCCCGUGAACCGUUACAUCACAGAGGGCCGACCGCCCUCCAACCGGCCCCGCCGCGCCCACCAGCCUGCCGACCUCAGAGAGGGCGUAGCUAAAGCCUAUGACACUGUCAGAGAAGGCAUGAUGGACACAGCUCAGACACUAUGUGACGUGGCGUCUCGCGGGCAUGAGCAGAAAGGUCUGCCUGGUGCUGUGGGUGGAGUCCUGCGGCAGAUCCCGCCCACCGUGGUCCGUCCCCUAAUAGUGGCCUCUGAGGCAACGUCCAACCUACUGGGGGGCAUCCGGAACCAGAUCAAGCCAGAUGCACGGAAGGAGGACUUCUUAAAAUGGCGCUCUGAAGAAGGCCAAGAGUGAUGAUUCUGGGGGAUUAAAGGUUAAAGAUAUGGGGGUGAAAUUGUGUUGUGUGUGUGUGUGUGUGUGUGUGUGUGUGUGUGUGUGUGUGUGUGUGUGUGUGUGUGUGUGAACAGAUGAAGGGAGUGAAUGUGUGAAAAUUUGAAUUUUAAUGCAAAACGAAUAACUACUGCAGAGUGAUUGACACAGUAUUUUAUGUGGUUCCAUAUGGAUCAAGAUAAAACAAUUGUAUCUCUUUCUGCAAUCAAAUGGAGCUCAGUUCAGUUCACUAUCCUUGCAGCAGUACGUAUGAUGAGGAUACUCUACCUUUAUUAGUAUGUCAACAUAUCACUGUCAUUCUGGGUUGUCUUCAUCUUUCGAUGUCAACGCUGUCAAAGGGCAUAAAGGGCUCUAGUCUAGUAUAAGGUCUGUAGUAGUGGUAGGUGGGAUUAAACAUGUUAAUCAGUAGCUCUCGCAGUCUUCUGUUGAUCAGACUAUGGGCCGGUUUCCCAGUUUGAGAUUACACCUAUUCCUGGGCUGAAAAGCACUUUGAAUGGCGAUCCUUAAUUGAGCAUGCAUUUUAGGAGUAGGCUUAACCUGAGUCUGGGAAAUCAUUCUAUUGAGCCUAAAUCAGUGUCCACAGGGAUCGGCUGGUAAUAUCCGUCUCUCCUGUAGUCAUGGAGACUGAAAGACUGAUAUAGUGGCCUUAGCUGAGAUCCUUACAGAUAGCUGUUAAUCAAAACCUCAAAACGCAAUUCUGGGAUUGUUCCAUCCUAGCCUGCACACAUCCCCACCCCAGCGUUGUUUGUGCCAUACGUUUGUUCAAUGUUGGGUUCCCUGGCCUCUCCUCCUUUGGUUUUAAACCAAUGUGUUUACUUUUAUCGCCUUCCUGAAACCUAUACUCAUCUCUCUGUAUGCUUACUUGUUCAUAAUUGACCUGUGGAAACAAUGACCUGGGCCUGGUUGUGUUAACUAAAUGCAGUCAUGGGAGAAUUUGGACGAUGAACUGAAUGAACUAGAGAAAUGUCCUUUCCUCUCUAUGUCAAAUGGCUUCGCUUGAGUUUAAUGCUUGCCAGCGCCUGGUCAUCUGAUUUGUACUUACAGUAUGUUAACUGUUUCUUUUGUCAGAGCAAGGAGGUCGCCCUCAGGGCCUUAUCACCAGUCUGGUUCCUUCCUCUCAACAGAACAAUUGCUAGACUCGUCUCAUUAGUUGCCUUCCUCCAUUUUUUUAUUUGUAUUUUCUAAUUAUGUUAAACACUAGUAUUAUCAUAUUAUUUUUCAAAAUAAGUGUUGGUGGGAUGUGUCUAGAGGGUUCAGAUGGGGGGGGGAUUGUGGUAAAACAUUUAACAUUAUCUUUAGUUCAAUACGUUUAAAUUGGUGUGUGUGUGUGUGUGUGUGUGUGUGUGUGUGUGUGUGUGUGUGUGUGUGUGUGUGUGUGUGUGUAAUGCAUGUUUGUGGGUUAGUGGUUUCUUGUGAGGGUGACCCGUGGGUUGUAUUGGUCACAGGUCUGUAAUUACUAUUUACCUGUAAGAAUGACCUGUAUACUACCAAGACAAUGAGUACAGAAAAAUAUAUACAAAAAAAAUUAAACAAUAUAAAAAACGUCA